CUGAAAUCACCCCUACGUGGCCUCACGAGGGCUGGGCUCUUAACACAACCCCAUCAUGCUGCGUGACCAGAUUGUCAAUAUGCUGCUCGCGGCUAGAGACACGACAGCAGGACUUCUAGCAUUUGCCUUCUUCUUGCUGGCACGGAACCCCAAAGUCUGGAAUAAGCUCAGAGCCGACGUUCUUGAGCAUUACACCGAACCUUUGACCUAUGAUGCUGUUAUGCAGAUGACAUAUCUGCGCUACGUGCUGCAAGAAACUCUUCGUCUCUUCCCUCCUAUUGCCACUAAUAGCCGCAUGGCCAAUAAAGACUGCGUAAUCCCGGUGGGCGGUGGUCCUGACGGACGCUCGCCAAUGUUCGUUGCCAAGAACAACGUGGUCACUUACAGCACAUUCGUUAUGCACCGCUGCCCAGAACUCUUCGGCUCUGAUGCUGAGGAGUUCAUCCCGGAGAGCUGGGAGACCCUCCGCCCAGGCUGGGAAUACCUGCCCUUCAACGGUGGCUCUCGAGUAUGCCCUGGUCAGAAGUUCGCCCUCACCGAGUUGUCAUACACCAUUGCAAGGUUGUUGCAAGCCUUCUCUGGCAUUGAAAAUCUGGAUCCGACUGACUGGCGCGAGCAACUCACCUUAUCCCUGACAUUGAACAACGGAGUAAAGGUGCGACUCCACCCGGAAGCUUAGGGACCCUGAAGUUGUCUCUUUCAUAGCCACGAACAAUACCGGGUUAUUUGCAUGGAACUUCUCUUCGCUUAUCUUGAGUGGACCAAGGUGGUAAUGGACCCUGGGCCUGACCAUCGCUAUAGACCCUGGCAGUUGAUGCAAUCGAAUGUUGGCACAGAUAGGCAGCUGUUGCUCGAUGAGUCGACUGAGUACACGCAGGUAAAACUAAGGUAGCAUUCCAAAAGAGACGUUUAAUAUCAAUUCAGAGAUUCCAAGAGGUGACUAGGAUACCGCAGCACAAUCAAAUAGCCUAAGAAGGCCGGUAAGGAGACCGCCAAGGCGGGACCCCAAUAUGCUAGAGAUUCGGAUGCAGCAAGGAACCAGUCC